ACCGGGGGUUUGGGGGGGAGGUGGGAUCAGCCCUCCCCCCACACACACACACACACACACAUCUCCCCGCAGGGGCUGCACCGGGACCCCCUUCCCGGGCCCGCGGUGCCCUUGAGGCUCCUUGGGGACAGUAACGGGGGAGGCGGGGCAGGAUAUCAUCCCCUCCAGCUCCUCCGGGGUGGUGGGACACGCCAGCCUUCCCCCAGUUCCCGAUCCCACAGCAUCUCCCGGGAUCCUCGGCUCUCCUUGGAGCAGGAGGGGGAGUCCCGGUACCGGGUUGAGCACGAGGGGGCUGGAGGGUGCCCCCCACCCCCUCCCCCCCAAGGCUCGGUGUUUCCCACCUGGAUCCACUCCUGUCCCAGCUUUCCCUGGGCCUCCAGUGCUUCCCGCGUUCCCAGGGGUGUCCCAGGCUGGUUUCCUGGGGGAGGUCGGGUCACCCCGGGACAGCUCUGAGGGUCUUGGGGCUCCCGGAUCCCAGGCUGGGAUUCCCGUGGGACUCCCGGAACGGCUCCGCUCUUCCCUGAAAUCCAUGGUGGGGAGGGAUUGGGGAAGGCUGGAGCCAUCCCAGGGGUCUCACACGUCACCACACCCCCCCAGCUCCCACGGGAAAGCACCAGUGGUGCUGGAUUUCCAUGGAAUAACUCAUUUCCAGGCCAUUCUGUGAGCAAUCCCAGCAUCCCACCUCCAUCCUUUUUAUCCUCAUUGAAGCUCUUCAGUUGAUUAAUUAAUUAAUUAUUCCACUUUCUGGUCAGAGAUAUAUGACGGGAAGCUCUGGCCAUCCAAAAAUUCAUGAUUUCUCCUUAAAAAAGAGAAGGAAAUGUUUUUCCAAGCCUUUCUCCGUCAUGUCCUUAAAUCCCACCAGUUUUCCUUCCCGUGGGAGCACAAUUGAUCCCUUCAAAACCUGCGGGGGGUGGGGGUGGAGAAUCCACCAUCCCUUGGGGGCUCCAAGACCCCCCCCAGCUCCACUUGGAGGGAUUUUUCCUGGAAAAUGCGGUGGUUUUGCCGGGAAAGAUCCCAGAUCCAGCGGCAGAGCCGCAUGAGGGCAGCAGUUCCUCCCGGAAGGAGGGAAGACUGGGGGAACUGUGGAUCAAAACCCGCCUUCCAGGAAAUAUCCCGACUUUCCAGGAGGGUCACAGUAUGUGCCUGGGGAUGUCCCCACAGGUGUGGGAUGGGGAUGGUUUUCCCGGUGGUAAUAGGGAAUAAAGGGGGCUGGGGGGUGGCUCGGUGGCUCCUGUCCCCUCGUGUGUCCCUUCCCAGUGGCUCCUGUCCCAUCCUGGUGUCUCAUGUCCCAGCCUGGAGCCCCGUGGCCUCUCCCAGCCCAGUGUCUCCUGUCCCUAUCCCAGUUCCUCAUGUCCAGCUCCUCAUAUCCCAUCCCAGUGUCCUGUCCCAGUGGCUCCUGUCCCAUCCCAGUGCCCCAUGUCCCAUCUUGUGUCCCAUCCUGUCAUCUCCUGUCCUCCUGUCCCCUUGUGCCCCAUCCUGGUGCCUCCUGUCCCCUCUUGGCAUCCCGUGUCCCAUUCUAAUGUCCCAUCACAGCACCUCCUGUCCCUUCCCAGUGUCCCAUGUCCCGGUGCCUUGUUCCCAAUCCCGAUACCUCAUGUCCCCUCUCAGCUCCUCGUGUCCACUCCCAGUGUCGGCUCCUGGUGGUUCUUGUUCCAUCUCAGUGUCCCAUCCCAGCUCCUCAUGUCCCAUCCUGGUGUCCCCAGUCCCAUCCCAGUGUCCCGUGUCCCAUGUCCUGGUGCCUCAUGUUCCAUGUCAGUUCCUCGUGUUCCAUCCCAGUGUCCCAUGUCCCAUCCCCGUGCCCCAUGUCCCAUCCUGGUGUCCCCAGUCCCAUUCCAGUGUCCUGUGUCCCACCCCGAUGUCCCCAGUCCCCUCGGUGCCCCCACCCUGCUCCUGUCCCUGCUCUCAGCCCACCUAUUCCCACUCUUUUCCCACCCAUUCCUGCUCUCAUUCUCACCUGCCCCAGCUCUCAUUCCUGCCCAUCCCCGCUCCCACUCCCACCAUUCCCACUCUGAUCCCAUUCUCAUUCCCUCUUAUUCCCUCUCUUUCCUGCCCAUUGCCACUCUCAUUUCCUCUCAUUCCUACCCAUUCCCUCUCUCAUCCCUGUCCAUUCCCUGUCUAAUUCUCUCCCAUCCCUGCUCCAUCCCUGCUCCUGUCCCACUCUGAUCCGUGUCUCCGCUUGCUCCGGCAGCGGCAGCGAAGAAGAAGCCAAAGAAGGGGAAGACGCUGACGCUCACGGAUUUCCUUGCGGAGGACGGGGGGGGC